AUGUCUUCACAGAGUGGUUCUUCUGGCAUCCGCAGAGAUUGUUCCUCCCCGCCAAUGAUCGAUCCCCUACAGCAACUGCCAUUCAAACAAGACAGAAAUCCUGGUUCAGAGAUUUUGUACUCCAGACCUCCUUCAGAAGAACAGAGCCAACCUGAUCUGAAUGAAACUCAACAGCACAUCGCCUCCAAGGAAAACUUCGGUCAGGCUACAUCACCGCUAGCAAAUAUUGACACGCCUUCUUCCAACGCGGACGUUCCUUGGACACCACAAAACGCAAGCGUCGUUGAGGAUGGGCUGACUCUAGCCGAGAAUGGCGAGCCCUAUGUUCCUAUUGAGGACCAGGAGGAAGGUGUGAACGAUGUAAUGAGUGGUGCAGUAGGGAUGCUGGACACGCCACUCACAGGAGACGCCUGUAACGAGAAUAACUUCUUGCUGUCCCCAACCAUGGUGGAAGCCCAGACGGUGAUGCCAUUCAAGUUACUAAGGGCACGGGAUUUGCAGAAAAUCUUUCCGAUAUACUUAGAAAACGACGAUUCCUGGUAUGCAUUGCCGGAGAACUUUUAUAUCCCCGUAUUCGGUCUUGUGCAGGCGGUUGUGGAGCUUCAAUCGCUUAUAACGGCGGGGAGUCAACACAUUCCGGAUGAAAUUGUUAUCUGCGCCCUGGCGAAACGUGGAGGCACUUCCAACGAGGAAGUCGUUUAUCCGGAACAGAUCGAGCCUCUGAUUGACACCUCGGACCCCGAUUUUGACUGGGAGUUUUGGGCGAUCAUGCGAGCACAGGGGACCCGACACUAG